AUGCACUCGCAUCUUGAUGCCAUCUCAGAAACCGUUCAUUACCUUCAGGAAAGGAAGUUCGCUCUUGAGGCAGAUGGUUCCGUCACACGUCAGACCUUUACAAUUGCUAGGCCCCACCACUGCCAACAUUGUGGACAUAAUGUUCUCAGUGGUCCGUUGGACAGCUACAUGCUGCCCCAGGUGAGAGGGGCCAGGCAAGCCCCAAUGCACCAUGAGGAACAUGUGCUUCGGCACGGCAUGCGCGGUGCUAUAGAGGCGGCGCAAGAUGGAUGCGCGUUCUAUCAAUGGAUUUUAGAUGAGCUACUGGUGCAAUACGCCACAGGCUCCAACGGGAAUGAGAGGCUAGAGGACCUAUGUGAGGCCACUUUCAGGCUGGUGAGCAGGUACUGCUAUGGCCGGGCGAAUCAGCUGAGCAUCCAGGUAGAAGUCUCCACUACUAGGGUGGUGGACGUUCGUCCGGGGAUAUUCGCCUGUGCCGAAGACGACGAUCCAGCGGCAUUCGAUAUUAGGACACGACCGAUGGACCUCAACGUUGCCAGCUCCCACAGUGUUGCCCUUGCACAGGAUUGUCUGAGAAGGUGCAUCAAAGAGCAUCCUGAAUGCCGCGAUCCAGUUUACAAUGAUACAGACAGUGAAAUGCGCCAUUUGCAUCUACCCACACGUCUUCUUAACAUCUCCCUUGAUGACGAGAAUGUUUUGAAAGUACAUCUUAGUGAGAUGCCUGGAUUAACUGAAAAAGAACGACAAGGCGUCGCAAAGGCCGGGUUUGCAACUCUUUCCUAUUGCUGGGGAGGUCCCCAAGAACAUCGGUUAGUCGAAGAGUCUCGGACGGCUCUUCAAGCCGGCCAAAAUGUGUCGGUCUUCCCUAAAACGAUACAGGACGCAAUCAAAUUCACGCAUCUGGUGGGCUUACGCUAUCUGUGGGUCGAUGCCUUAUGCAUAUUGCAAGACAACGAAAAUGACAAAGCAAUUGAGAUCUCACGAAUGUCUUCUUAUUAUGGAGCCAAUGCUGUAACAAUUUUGGCAGCCUCUUCCGCAGCGGCGACAGAAGGCUUCCUUAAACAUAGAGAGGACAGCGGGCUGCACGAUGUUGGUCCCUUCAGACUUCCCUACCAGACUUCUAGCGGUGCAACUGGCUCGGUGCUGCUCUACCACGAGGUUAAUCCGGGCUCUGAACCUACAACAAGCCGUGGUUGGACGCUCCAAGAGACUAUGCUUAGCCACCGUCUCCUUAUAUUCUCCUCCCGGCAACUUUUCUGGAGGUGUCAUCGCACUGGUGUUGGGUGUGGAGGUUCCUUACAUGAUUUCGACUACAGGGCUGUCAACAAUACGGAUGUAUUUAAUGCAACAAGUCCCAUGCAAUCAUCGUCAUGGGAUGAAUGGAAAAAUAUAGUGGAGGGCUACUCUCGAAGGUCUUUGAGCGUUUCGAGUGACAAACUGCCAGCUAUCUCUGCCGUGGCGAAACAGUUUGUUUUAACAUCAUCGAAGCAUUUUCGACGGCCAAUCACAUACUAUGCAGGAUUGCUGCACGACACUGAACAGCCCGAUGUUUUCAGAAAACAGCUCUUGUGGGCGACGACCGAUCCUAGCACCAGCGGGAGAUGCUGGCCUGGGUACGGGACCUGGCAUGUUCGCGCUCCAUCAUGGAGUUGGGCAUGCAUGGACGGAAACCUCUUACAUGUGCCCCUUGGCAAAAUGUUCUUUCACAAUCCCAGCGACGUGAUGUCGAAUAUACUGGACAUUAGUGUGCAGCUCUGCCACAAAUCAUUGCCGUACGGUAUGGUACGCGGGGGUUCCCUAGAAGUCAAAGGCUCCAUCAUUACGCUGAUUGGCACCAACAGAUGCUCGAGAAACCUGAGAUCCUUCAUCAAGUUCGAGGAAGUACAGGCUUGGAGUCCGAACGAGAGGACCUUAUCCAUAGCUCUGGAUACUCAGGCAGACAGAGCCGACUUCUCAGACGUCCAUGAAGCACAAUCUAUGCAGUGCAUCCAGUUGCUUGUAACGCAUACUUGUAGACGGCGCGCUCUUGGGCUUGUAAUCAAGCAGCUGCAUUCUGCCGAGCAAAAUGUGAAGACGGAGUUCAUGAGGAUUGGAGUCUUCGCAAUGAAGGUCCGCUACGUAAGCGAUGAGGACCAGACGGAUGGGGAACGAAGAGCCAAUGAAGAGUUUUUCGAUCAUGAAGACAUUCAGACUACUUGCAUCCUCUAA